UCAAUCUGAAUGUCUGCCCCCACUCACGCACCCUCUACGCCCCAUAUCCAGUUUGCUCUUUCUUAACCAUACAUACCACUGUUUUUCUCCCUUAACUAUUUCAGUUCCUUUUAUUUUUCCUUCGCUCUACUACCCCAAUUCUAGAUCAUUUUUCUCCCCGAAUUUCUUCCCCAUAAUCAUCGUACUCCAACUAAUCCCACUUCCUUUGUAGAAACUAAACAAAGAAACAGUCACUUUCUGAAUUUCAAUAAUAUCUGUUUAGAAAUUGUAUGGUUGCGUGUAAUUUUUCGAUCAAUGAGGAUUGAUUGUAAUUUCUUGAUUUGAGUUUCUGUAUACGUUCAAGUAUGUAGUUGAAGAAUCAAAAGGGAAACUUUUUGAUCAAUUGAUUUCUUGGAUCCAGGGUGGGGGACGGUGACGUUUUGGAAAUUUUGUUUUUGGGAGGUGGAGGAUUUUUAUCCUAAUUGCUGGAUUUUCAUCGGCUGUAAUCUGGGUUUCUUUUUUUUCAUCCUGAGCUGCCGUUGAAAUUGGAGAAAAGAAAUUACGUUGGGGGUGCUAUUGGAGUUUGGGGAAUUACUGAAUUAAAUCAAUUUCCAUGGAGCAUGCUGUGGGUGGAAAAUUUAAGCUUGGGAGGAAAAUUGGGAGUGGUUCAUUUGGUGAACUCUAUUUAGGUGUGAACCUACUAAAUGGGGAAGAAGUGGGCGUCAAGCUGGAAUCUGUGAAGACCAAGCACCCUCAACUUCACUAUGAGUCAAAAGUCUAUUUGCUUCUCCAAGGAGGAAGUAAGGCAGUCUCUCUCUCUCUCUCAUUUGCAAUUCUGGAUAAGAUGGGAAAUAAGUUAUGGCUAACAGCAUUCUGAUUAACAAUAGUUUCUAUAAUUUGAUGCUGUGAUAUUUUUUUUUUCUAGCAGCAUAUUUCAGCAACCCUUAGCCAUUCUCGACACAUGUUACAUAUUUCCGCAAAAAUUAUUUUGCAAUCAAAGGAGAACUGAACCAUUAACCUGCUCUUCUAGCUUUAUAAACUAUGGAGUUAAAUGAUGAUUUGA